AUGGCCACAAUGGGAAUGCCUGCUCAACCUUCGCGAUUCUCCGUUUACGUUGGAAACAUACCAUACCAGACUACGGAGGAUGCUAUCGGAAACUAUUUCAGCCAAGCUGGACGUGUUACCAAUGUUAGAAUUGUAUAUGACCGCGAGACUGGGCGCCCAAAGGGAUUCGGAUUCUGCGAGUUCUCCGAUGAGGCUGGAGCCCAAAAUGCCGUCAACACCUUAAAUGGAGCCGAUUUCAAUGGUCGAUCAUUGCGUGUUAACUGGGCGAACAAAAACUAA